UCUUGUUCUUAGCUAAUGUGAUGGUGCUGGUCAUCCCCUUUGUCCACCUCUCUUUCUGCUCUGGAGAUCUAUGGUUCUUGGUUUUCAGAGAUCCCGUGUAAGGCAAGAUGGCUUUGUACUUCUCAGGCACUCAUCUUAGGAAGGCACAGCAGGAGAAUAGUCCAUGCAAGAUGUAUGUGUUUCUGCAGUUCUUGACUUUCUGUUGAAAACUUGUGCAUAUCUCUGCGUGUUUGUUUUACUCUGCUGCAUCUCUAUUUUUUUCUUUACAAAAAAACCCCCACAUGGUUCUUUCGCAUGCCUUUGCCUUUUAGUGUUGACCUUACCUCAUCUCUGUGUGGCCCUGUGGGUGUCCACUGGAGCUGUGCUGCAUGUGUCUGUUACCUCCUUGGCUGAGAUUUCCUUAGGCAAGAAACUCAAGUCUGGGGUGUCAGACCUCUGCAGCUAUGCAUACUUUUUUUGGAUUGUUUUGUGGGGUGUUUGUGUGAUUGCGUGUGUGUAUACAAAGACAACAUUCUCAGGAAGCUGCAUUUUACUCUUAGAACUCUCUGUAUUCUCCAUCCCCAAAUACAAAUUCACAGACUUUUCAAAUGAACAUAGAGAUUUGAAACUGUUUUGAGUCUGGCAGUAUUGUGCACUUCGUGCCGAGAAAAGGAGAGAAAAUAGAUUAUAUCUUGAAUGCAAGAGGCAAUCUUGCAGGGUAUGCAUGUGCACGCUUAGGUAUAUGUGAGCUGUUGAAGGACUUAAAUGCUGGAAAUACAGUGAAAUCAGCAUUUCUGGUACCUGCUAACUCCUGUCAUCACAUUCUUCCCCGUGUUUACAGUGCAUGUCCACAUGUAAAUCCUUUGAGAGUUGCUACCAUUUAAUAACUUUUAAUUAAAACCUGUGCAUUGCAUCUGUAGGGAAGAAGUUGGUUUGUUUAAGAGCACUGCCUUGAGAAACUGUACAAUAUGUUAGUAAUAGAUGUACCCAUUUUAUAUUUAACUAGUGUCUCGUGAUGCAUCUGUAUUUGCUGUCUGUCUGAUCUUCUGUGCUCAUUUUUGCUGGCUUUUGUCUGCAGGAAUGCAGAAAGAAAAAAAGUUAAUCUCAGUUUACAAGGGAGCAAUCUACUAGAAGCUGUGACUGAGUUUCCUGGUGGAGUUUUAGGAUUCACUGAUCUAGGUUUCCACACUGUUGUGGUUCUUUGGAUUUGUUUUUUUUUUUCUUGGAAAUGGUAGGUCUAGGAAGCAGCUGCCGAGGGAUGAAGUCUUCGCCGCUCCUCAUGGCUGCACUUGUGGCAUGCAUCAUUGUUUUGGGUUUCAAUUACUGGAUUGCAAGUUCUCGCAGCAUGGAUCUGCAGGGUCGAGUCAUGGAUCUGGAAGGCAAAGUCCGGAAGGCGGCAGCGGAGAGGGGUGCUGUGGAGCUCAAAAAGAAUGAAUUCCAAGGGGAGCUAGAGAAGCAGCGACAGCAGAUUUACAAAAUCCAGUCCUUGCACAGCUUUCAGAUGGAAAAUGCCGACAGAGCCCGUCAGGAAGAGAAGGCAUUACUGCUGAGAAACAUCACAGUAAAUGAUCGACUGAUUCAGAAUCUACGAGAACACUUGAAAGAGUUACAGACAGAAUAUGGAAAGCUGCAGUUGGAUGUUUAUUGGUUUCAGAAGAACCAGACUAACCUUCAGAGGAAGUUCUCAUAUGACCUGUCACAGUGCAUCAACCAGAUGAAAGAAUUAAAAGAACAAUGUGAAGAAAGGAUAGAUGAACUUACAAAAAAGGAUAGUGAUGUACCACAAAUCAAAGAAAACAAAGAAUUCUCUGAAGAUUCAAAAAAAUAUAGCCAGGUCAAUAUUCAACUGCCAGCCUUGAAGCAAACUGAGUUCAACAAGCACAUUGACUUGGAACAGCAGAAACCCACUGAAGAUGUACCUAAAGCAGUACCUACACUAAGACAGACAGACUUGAUGAAUGCUAAAGAAAGAAUAGAUGGCCCAGCUGACAUCAGAAAACAGGAGCCUAAGGCAGAAGAGGAGCAGCUUUUUAGUCAGUUGAAAAAACCACAAGAUCCCCUCAAGGCUGCUGCAGGUCACAAGGAGAUGCUACCUGAAUCAGAGAAGGAGCCAAAUCCAUCUGGAAAUGAAAAACACGUAGCUGGGCAAGAUGUGUUACAGCCAGCACCAGAGCAGGCUGCCAGUGAGGAAGUUGAGAGGGAACAGCUCCUAAACUACGAUGCUAAGCAGGACGACUUGUCCCUGGGAAAGGCUGAAAAACAGGAACAUGAAGCAAUGAACCAGGACAAGGAUGUUGAUUACAAUUUAGAUGAGAAUGAAGCUGAAUCAGAAACAGACAAGCAAGCAGCACUUGCAGGGAUUGAAAAUGUUCAAAACCCUGAAGAUAUGAAGAACCACUUAUCUGACCACGGUGAAGGAGGACAGUUGUGAACAAAGGAGGUUCAUGAUGCAACUUAGUCACCUCUUCAUCUAUAUGCAGCAAUGAUGAGAGCAAAGUGAUCUGAGAAUGUUUUGAUUACCUUCUCGAAGCUUGAAUAACGGCCCAAAUGAAGUAGUAUCUUCCUGUGAAGUUUUGGUACUGUUUCAGUGGGGAAAAAAGCAAUCUGAAAUCUCUGGAGGCUUGUUAAAGCAGUUGACGUCUGCACUGACUCUCAUUCCUACUGAUUAUAAAACUGAAAUCAGCAAGCAAUAAAUGUAGUAACUUUGAAGUUGGCUAUAGUCAUACUACAGUAAUGAUAUAUGUGGAUUGUUGGUACAUGAACAACAGUCCUUGGCCAAGGAUGGAUCUCUCCCCUGAGCAAUGCACAACAGAGAAAUACCCAGCCUAGUUUUAAGAACUUAAGAGGAGCUAAGCCACUGAACAUGGGAAGGAUGAAAAACAGUCCAUGCUGCAAUCUACCCUUGUGCCUAUUCUGGCACUUUUUUACUGCAACAUAAAUAUACUCAGAAAACAGAAUGAUAUAUUUCACCUGGGCCUUCUGAAUUAAGUUUCUAGUUUACACUGUCUGGGUGAGUUCUUAGCUUCAAGGUUAAAAAAAAUAAAACAAUUCUGAAAAUAGUGCCUUCUUUUUAAGAGAUUAGGCAGGAAGAUUUUUCUGAAAGCUUUGUUGGACUCCUGUUCACAAGUUCAGUAAUACAGUAUGAUUCAGUUACCACUAACUUGCCUAAGUUUAGCAUAAAAAUUCAAACUCACAAACUUUUUGUGACAGAAGCUCUCUGAAGUGGUGUGCUACCCUUUAGUCCACCCAACCACUAUCUUGCGCUAAAAUGUAGGAAGGCAAACAGUUGCUUUGUAGAACAGCAAUCAUCUCAGCUGUUCAAUGUGAAUAUUCCUCUCUGCUGGACUUUUGAAGGAGGUAAACCAGACUAAGCAUUUAGAAGAUAUGGCAGUGACUCCUACAGGUGAAGCUGUAGUCGUUGUAAAGUCCUGUGUUUAUCACAAUCUAUCAUCUUGUUAAUUUUCUGUAGUCUUGUCUUUUCUGUAACUUGUUCAAUGUAAACUAGAAACUAGUUUACUUGCAGUAACCUAGAAAUAUCCUCUACUUACUACUAGGGCACCCUUUAUUGCAGUCCAACCUCCAUGUCUGUAGCCAGCUGUUUUGCAGCAUUUUUGUAUUUGUGUCUGUUCCCAAGACUAACAUCUGUGUUUAGAGCAGUCUUUGUGAGUAUGAACCAACCUCUGUUUAGACAGCAGACAGCUGUGCCUAACUUGCCAACGAACAAUUCCAUUUAAGAAAAUAUAAAUUUGUCUUUACUUUCCCUUUCAUUUUGUAACUAACUCCUUUUGUGAUGUGUCAUUCCUCAGUGUACUACUUUACAACUCUUAAACCUUAAGAUACCUAAAUAUGCAAGUGGAAGGUUGGCUUUUUUGUGUAUAAAAAAAGUGUUAGUUCUCAUCAAGUGAAGGUCAGAGCUUAAGUCAAAUGCUGCCUAUUAACCCCAAACACAGAAACACUUUUACUAAUAGUUUUUCACCAUCUAAGUCAGACAGGUCUAGGCCACUACAGUCAACACAGCAGGGAAAAACAAAUGCUUGUAAGCAGAAGAGAAGAGGUAUGAGCAUCUGUUCUGGUAUUGGGAAACUUGGAUUAUUGGCUUUUUUUUUUUUUUUUUUUGCAAAUAAUGGCAUGUUUUAACAUCAAAAUGUUUACCCAUAUUCUGGAUGAUAAAAUUAUUUACCCAUCUUCUCAGCAUUUUCAUAGGACUUUAUCUGUAAACAGUUAUGCCUCUCAGAUUAAGUUGAUCAGGAAUUUAAUAUUGAUUGCUAAAGAGCAUAUGUUCUACGAGUGUAAAAUACACAGUGAAACGCUGUAUUCAAGUUGAAUUAAUAGCUUUACCAUUAUCAAGUUAAGAAUCCCAAAGAAAAACUACUUAGAGUAAUUAGUAUAUUGCCAGAGAGUUCUUUUUUAAAACUGUUUUGGCUGUAUUUCUGUAUAUCUUUGGGUUUCUCUGAGCCACCUGGACACUGUCCUCCAUAAACAAGACCAUCUUUGUACAAGGCACACUUGUAAACCUCUGAAAACCUGCAUAAAAGCAAUGUUCAAAAGCA